ACCGCUGGGAAGCGCAGGCUCGCCCUUCCCCUACGCCACCUGGAGGCCAACGGCCGCGCUCGCGCAGUCCCGCCGCAAUUAAGCGCACGCACAGUCGCUAAUCCUGCCAAUCACGAGUUGCGACCACCUUCCGUUUGGCCCCGCCCCGCCUCCUUGUGGAGGUUGGAGGCUCUGCGCGUGCGCAGUCAGGCCCCGGCGAAAGCUCAUCCUUUCUCGAUGGCCAAUCUGGCCAAUCGCACGUGGCUCCGCCUCUCGCGUGGCCACACCUCUGGGGCGCGGUCUGUUUACCGCUACAGCUGCGAGCUGUUUGUCUCGGCUGUGGUGAUGGCUGACCGAGAAGCAAAUAAAGAUUUAACUACCAAGAUGGAAAGCCCAUCAGAAUCAGCAGAGAUUGUACCUGCCACUUCCCAGACCUCAGAGUCAGGGGAAGUUAAACCUGAGCCUCCUCAGACCUCGGAGUCAGCAGAGGUUCUAACUGACUCUCCUCAGACCUCCGAGUCAGUGGAGGUUAAACCUGCCAUUUCCCAGACAUCGGAGUCAGCGGAGGUCAAACCUGCCACUUCUCAGACCUCGGAGUCAGAGGAGGUUCUACCCGACUCUCCUCAGACCUCAGAGUCAACAGAGGUUCUACCUGACUCUCCUCAGACCUCCGAGUCAGCAGAGGUUCUACCUGAUUCUCCUCACACCUCGGAAUCAUCGGAGGUUCUACCUGACUUACCUCAGACUUCUGGGAGUCUAUCAUCCUUCCAUACAAGUAGUUCAGAAAAACAUCUUGUGGGUUUAACACUUAUAGAAAGAUUAAAGAAAACAAGGUCUUCAUUUCAUUCUUUUUGUAGCGUGGUGAAACGACUUAAAGUAGAGAAUGACGACGAUGAUCUGAUCUUUCCAGAAACAGGAGCAUCUUCCAUAGAGGAAGACUGCUCAGAAUUCCAAGGAAGUGUGAAAGAGAAGGGUGUUGAAUCUGAAAAAAAUGCGCGUUUGAAAAAUAACUCGAAGAAUGUAAAUACACGUGACUCUAAGUCACUCGAUCCUGGGUCAUCCAGUGCUUCCCAAAGUGAUUUGGUGAAUGAGAAUACUGAACUAAGAUUAAAGGAAGAAAAAGCAAAAUUGAUGAAGCAGGUUCAAGAGAAGGAAAAUCUUCUUCGGAGGCUAAAACUAGCCAAAAUGUAUAGAUCGAAGAAUGACCUGUGUGAGUUGCAGUUGUUAAUAAAGAAGUGGAGAAACUGCAGCCAGUUGUUGCUGUAUGAUCUGCAGGCGGCUGUGUCUGAAGACAAGAAACUAAGCCUCACUCAGCUGAUAGACUACUAUGGGAUAGAUGAGAAGCUGCUGCACUAUAACAGGAGUGAGGAAGAAUUUGUAGGUCUUUAAUCUUUUCUUCUUCAGGCUGUCUUUUUCUCUUUUGGGGGUGAUGGGGAUCAUACACAGGGCCUCAUAUGUGCUUCCUUGCUGAGCCACUUGGCCCCUCUACAGAUAGAUAAGAAUGACAACGUGAGAGACACACAAUAUAAAGGAAAGAUAGAAGAUAGGUAGGGUGUUAUGGCUUAGGGGAAUAUCUUGACAAUUUAGGGUAUUCUAAUACAUAAACUAAAUUCUAAAGUGAAGUUUUAGUAUUUUGCAUAUUAGGUGUAGGCUAAAGAAAGUGGCAUUUAAAAAGUUAAAAUCAUGUUUUAAAGGAAAUUUGGAGAAUUUUGGAAACCAGUCUUAAAACGUUUUGAUUUUUGUGGCAAAAGGUUUUAUUUUCAAUGUUAAAAUAGUCCAGUAUACUGAAUAUCUAAACCUAAACUAGUCUGAGUACCUAUGUCUAUCUUUAUUGAUCUUGUUUUCAACUGUUUAACACAUCUAUCCAUCUCCUAAUCUAGUAAUUAAACUCAUGUCUACAAUUACAAA